CCUCCAGCCCUCUGAGCGCCUGGGGCAGAUGCCGCCGCCGUACACCUGGGCCUGGCGCCCUCCGCACGGGCUUUCGGGUCUAAGUUGCCUUGUCUCUCCUCUGUGCUUUUGCUGCUGAGUCCCAGCGGGACGUUUGCUGAGGGUUUCUGUGCUGAUUAGGGAGCCGGGGCAGCAGAGCUGCAGCGUUCAACAGGGACUCAUCAUUGAAAGAGUGUUUGUGCUUCUGAUUGGUUUGUUUAAAGACAGGUGCAGGUAGGAAGUAGGGGCGAGUUUAAGGAGUAGUUUUACUGAUAUGACAAUCUGGGGCUUUGACAGAGAGACUGGAGCAGCUCACUAGCUUGGUUAAGUCGCAGGAGAGGAGCCAAGAAGGACCGUUAUUAAUCAGGGAGCUCAGGGUGGCUUUGCUUGGAAUGGUGCCAAGACCACAGUUAAAUUGUUGCACUCAGCUAGGCCUGGAGAAAUUGGGGCAGUCUCUCUGACCAAGCUGGGCUUCCUGGGGGCUGGUGCCAUCUGCUGUCUCCACUCACCCAGGAACACUGGAGAGGAGGAAGGGAGGGCUCUGAGAACCAGCAUGGAGCUGAGUGUGCCUGGAUUGUCAUGCUCCUGUUUGUACCCUUAGGGCCUGGUGCCACUCCCAGGGCCAGGGCAUAGGCUUACUGUAAAGGCCUCAGAAAUUAACUAAUUCUUUCUGUAACCCGGUGAUUUCUGCUGGAGUCCAGGACCAAAUUAUUGGCUACCUUUUCAAGCUUCUGCAUGGGCUCAUACUAGCCUUCAUCCAUCUCAGCUCCAGAACUGGUGAUCCCCUCAUUUAGCUAUUCAUUCAACAGAUUAUUUAUUCAUUGGCCAGAACAACACUACAUGCCAGGUACUGGGGAUACAGAGGUGGGUAGGCUCUGGUGUCUGCACUGCACAGCUCCCAGUCUAAUGGGAGGAGACAGAGAACUUCCAGUGUGGUGAAUGCCAUGGUGGAGGUGAGGAUGAAAUGCUGUGGAAACAGCUCUCCAUGGGAGAGACAAAGAAACAUAACAGGAGUGACAUUCGAGCCAUGUUUUGAAGAAUGAGUAGGAGCUCACUAAUCAGGGAGGAUGGAAGGCAUUCUAAAUAGAGAUCAUCUUGCAGGAAUGAGAGGUUGUAACAUUCAGGGACUGGCAAGUUGCCCUGAUUAGACAGAAAUACAGCUGUAACUGGUGAAAAGAAGAAUCUAGAAAGGAGGACUAAGGCAACACAGUUCAAGAAGCACCUUGAAUAUCAUCAUAAGGAAUUUGGAUAUUAUCCUGAAAUGUGACAGCAUGGGGGUGGACUUUGAUGUGAAGACUUUCUGCCACAACUUGCGGGCAACUAAGCCACCGUAUGAGUGCCCCGUGGAGACCUGCCGCAAGGUCUACAAGAGUUACAGUGGUAUUGAGUACCACCUGUACCACUAUGACCAUGACAACCCACCGCCCCCACAGCAGACUCCACUCCGAAAGCACAAGAAGAAGGGGCGCCAGUCACGCCCAGCCAACAAGCAGUCGCCCACCCCCUCAGAGGUAUCCCAGUCACCCAGCCGUGAGGUGAUGAGUUACGCACAGGCCCAGCGCAUGGUGGAGGUGGACCUGCACGGCCGCGUCCACCGCAUCAGCAUCUUUGACAACCUGGAUGUGGUGUCAGAAGAUGAGGAGGCCCCUGAGGAGGCCCCUGAGAAUGGCAGCAAUAAGGAGAACACUGAGACACCGGCUGCUACUCCCAAGUCAGGCAAGCAUAAGAACAAGGAGAAGCGCAAGGACUCCAAUCAUCACCAUCACCACAAUGCUUCUGCAAGCACCACUCCCAAGCUGCCAGAGGUGGUAUACCGGGAGUUGGAGCAGGAUACCCCUGAUGCCCCGCCCCGGCCAACUUCCUAUUACCGGUACAUCGAGAAGUCGGCGGAAGAGCUGGAUGAGGAAGUAGAGUAUGACAUGGAUGAGGAGGACUACAUCUGGCUGGAUAUCAUGAACGAGCGGCGGAAGACGGAGGGUGUGAGUCCCAUUCCGCAGGAAAUCUUUGAGUACUUAAUGGACCGGCUGGAGAAAGAGUCCUACUUUGAGAGCCACAAUAAAGGCGACCCCAGUGCGCUAGUGGAUGAGGAUGCUGUGUGCUGUAUCUGCAAUGAUGGUGAGUGCCAGAACAGCAAUGUCAUCCUCUUCUGUGACAUGUGCAACCUGGCUGUGCACCAGGAGUGCUACGGUGUCCCCUACAUCCCUGAGGGCCAGUGGCUGUGCCGCCGCUGCCUACAGUCACCCUCCCGUGCUGUGGACUGCGCCCUGUGCCCCAACAAGGGUGGUGCCUUCAAGCAGACAGAUGACGGGCGCUGGGCCCAUGUGGUGUGUGCCCUGUGGAUCCCUGAGGUCUGCUUCGCCAACACGGUCUUCCUGGAGCCUAUCGACAGCAUCGAGCACAUCCCGCCAGCUCGCUGGAAGCUGACCUGCUACAUUUGCAAACAGCGGGGCUCAGGGGCCUGCAUCCAGUGCCACAAGGCCAACUGCUACACAGCCUUCCAUGUGACAUGUGCACAGCAGGCCGGCCUUUACAUGAAGAUGGAGCCUGUGCGGGAGACGGGUGCCAAUGGCACUUCCUUCAGCGUCCGCAAGACUGCCUACUGCGACAUCCAUACACCUCCAGGUUCAGCACGCCGCCUGCCUGCCCUGUCCCACAGCGAGGGUGAGGAGGAGGAGGAGGAGGAAGAGGAGGAGGGUAAGAGUUGGAGCUCAGAGAAGGUCAAGAAGGCCAAGGCCAAGUCCCGGAUCAAGAUGAAGAAGGCGCGGAAGAUUUUGGCAGAGAAACGGGCGGCGGCACCUGUGGUGUCUGUGCCCUGCAUCCCACCACACAGGCUCAGUAAAAUCACCAACCGCCUGACCAUCCAAAGGAAGAGCCAGUUCAUGCAGAGGCUGCACAGCUACUGGACACUAAAGAGGCAGUCACGGAAUGGGGUUCCACUGCUGCGUCGCCUGCAGACACACCUGCAGUCUCAGAGGAACUGUGACCAAGUUGGGAGAGAUUCUGAGGACAAGAACUGGGCCCUCAAAGAACAGCUCAAGUCCUGGCAGCGGCUUCGGCACGACCUGGAGCGAGCCCGGCUGCUGGUGGAGCUGAUCCGCAAGCGGGAGAAACUCAAAAGGGAGACGAUCAAGGUCCAGCAGAUUGCCAUGGAGAUGCAGCUGACCCCUUUCCUCAUCCUCCUUCGAAAAACCCUGGAACAGCUCCAAGAGAAGGACACAGGCAACAUCUUCAGCGAGCCGGUCCCUCUGUCUGAGGUACCUGACUACCUAGACCACAUCAAAAAGCCUAUGGACUUUUUCACCAUGAAGCAGAACUUGGAGGCUUACCGCUACCUGAACUUUGAUGAUUUUGAAGAGGACUUCAACCUCAUCGUCAGCAACUGCCUCAAGUAUAAUGCCAAGGAUACCAUCUUCUACCGGGCAGCAGUGCGGCUCCGUGAGCAGGGUGGUGCUGUGCUCCGCCAGGCCCGGCGCCAGGCAGAAAAAAUGGGCAUUGACUUUGAGACGGGCAUGCAUAUCCCCCACAGCCUGGCUGGAGACGAGGCCUCACACCACACCGAAGAUGCAGAGGAAGAGCGGCUGGUCCUGCUGGAGAACCAGAAGCACUUGCCAGUGGAAGAGCAGCUGAAGCUGUUGCUCGAGCGGCUGGAUGAGGUGAAUGCCAGUAAGCAGAGCGUGGGCCGCUCACGGCGUGCAAAGAUGAUCAAGAAAGAGAUGACGGCACUGCGUCGCAAGCUUGCCAACCAGCGGGAAACUGGACGGGAUGGGCCUGAGCGGCAUGGCCCCUCCAGCCGGGGCAGCCUGACACCCCACCCGGCAGCCUGUGACAAGGACGGGCAGACCGACAGUGCCGCCGAGGAGAGCAGCAGCCAGGAGACAAGCAAAGGCCUGGGUCCCAACAUGUCCUCAACCCCCGCACAUGAGGUGGGCAGGAGAACCUCAGUUCUGUUCUCCAAAAAGAACCCGAAGACAGCUGGACCGCCCAAGAGGCCGGGCCGGCCCCCAAAAAACCGGGAGAGCCAGAUGACCCCCAGCCACGGAGGCAGUCCUGUGGGGCCCCCCCAGCUCCCCAUCAUGGGCUCCCUGCGUCAGCGCAAGCGGGGUAGGAGCCCUCGGCCCAGUUCGAGUUCAGACAGCGACAGUGAUAAAUCCACAGAAGACCCCCCAAUGGACUUACCAGCCAACGGCUUCAGCGGUGGAAACCAGCCAGUAAAGAAGAGUUUCUUGGUGUAUCGUAAUGACUGCAGCCUUCCUCGGAGCAGCUCGGACUCUGAGUCCAGCAGCAGUAGCAGCAGCAGCGCUGCCUCAGACCGGACCAGCACAACACCUUCAAAACAAGGCCGGGGCAAGCCCUCCUUCUCUCGGGGCACGUUCCCAGAGGACAGCAGUGAAGAUACCUCAGGCACUGAGAACGAGGCCUACUCCGUGGGCACUGGCCGCGGCGUGGGCCACAGCAGUAAGUACGCCCACCCAAAGCCAGGGGUUCUGGGGGCCCAGUGUCAAGGCCUUGCCAGACCCCGGACUGCUGAUCCACCCCCUCUCUCCCAUUCCUGUGAAGUGGUAAGGAAGAGUCUGGGCCGGGGAGCUGGCUGGCUGUCAGAGGAUGAGGACUCCCCACUGGAUGCUCUGGACCUGGUGUGGGCCAAAUGCCGAGGGUAUCCAUCAUACCCAGCUCUGAUCAUUGAUCCAAAGAUGCCCCGGGAAGGUAUGUUCCACCAUGGGGUUCCCAUCCCUGUGCCCCCACUGGAGGUGUUGAAACUUGGGGAACAGAUGACCCAGGAAGCCCGAGAGCAUCUCUACCUCGUCCUCUUCUUUGACAACAAGCGAACCUGGCAGUGGCUGCCCAGGACUAAGCUGGUUCCUCUGGGCGUGAACCAGGACCUUGACAAGGAGAAGAUGCUGGAGGGCCGGAAAUCCAACAUCCGCAAGUCAGUACAGAUCGCCUACCACAGGGCUCUGCAGCACCGCAGCAAGGUGCAGGGCGAGCAGAGCAGUGAGACCAGCGAUAGUGACUGAUACUGUCCAGCACAACCCAACCUACAGUGCCCUGCCACCUCUCUCCUCCCCUUUGCUCACUGUCCUGGAGUGGCACCGGCCUCUGCACUGACUCAUUCCUGGUCUUGGGGCCAGUCUCAGGGGAAGCUGGGUGGGGGAGGUCCCUCCCGCCCUGAGUGCAGCUGGACUGUACAGAACACUCCAAGGGCCCAUGGGGGCUCCGCGCAAUGAGAGGGGAGGUCCCACAGGCCAGAAAGCUCCAGAGACCUCACGGCAUUGUAGCGCAAGUUGGUGGGCCAAGGUUAGGACGCUGCGUAAAACAGGCCAUCCAACCACCUCUGCCUACUCAUGCCAGGAGAACCCCUAACUGCCUAGUGGCCUGAGGCCCCUGAGGUGGUGAGGUGAGCUGGCAUCUGCACAGCCUAGCAGUGAGAUUGAUGUCUGUCCAGCCCGGAAGAGGGGCACUAGGUGACCCCCUCCCCUGCUGUUGUAAAUACUGUAAAUAGUGGAGAAUUUAAAUUAUUCUCAUUUGUAACUGCGUUUCCGGGUCGCGCCAGAGUCAUUUGGUACUAAAAAAAAGACUGGGGCCUGUCCCCACUUCCCUUCUUCCCAUAGAUUCCCCAGCCUUUCAAACUGGUUUGUAUUUAUUUCAAAGGAAGAAAAUAUAUUGAUUCUUAGAAAAUAAA